AUGGCUUCAAGUCUGAACCACCAUGAUCUAUCAACGAGCCAUGGACAACUAUCUCCUCACCAAAAAGACGAAUCGACCAUUUCACAUGAAGCAUCCGAUACUUAUUCUAUUCACAGUACAAGUAGCUCCAUUCCCUCUCAACAACCACCCUCGAAUCUAGCCCCAAUCGCCUCGCACAUCUCCAAUACUCAAGAUGCGCCAAUUCAACAAACAUAUUCUAAUAUCUCCAUCCCCGAUGCCAUCUACGACCGCAUUCCGCCCAAUCGCAAACUCGUUAUCGUUGCUCUGCUCUCCUUUUGCAGUUUCUUGGCUCCGAUUAGCAGUACCACGGUAUUGGCAGCGGUGCCAGAGGUGGCGAAUACGUAUCAUAGUACCGGUACCAUUAUCAAUUUGAGUAAUGCGUUGUAUAUGUUGUUUAUGGGAUUGAGUCCAUUGGUGUGGGGCCCAUUGAGUCAAGUUUAUGGGAGGAGAUGGAUUUCCCUCAUAACAUCCUUCCUCUUCACAGCCUGCUCAAUUGGCACGGCGCUCGCUCCCAAUCUUCCCGCAUUUUUUAUCUUUCGUAUCCUGACGGCCUUUCAAGGAACCUCGUUUCUCACUAUCGGCGCAGCUUGUAUCGGGGAUAUCUAUCGUCCAACGGAACGUGGAACUGCAAUGGGUUGGUUUCUUUCUGGCACACUUAUCGGACCCGCACUCGGGCCCUUUAUUGGGGGUAUAAUUGUCACAUUCCAAUCUUGGCGUGUAAUUUUCUGGCUGCAAACUGCAUUGGCUGCAUGUGCGGUGAUUGGAGCUUAUUUCUUGCUACCCGAAACUAUUCAUCGAAUGAAGAAGGAUGAAUUGGUUGGGAUGAGUUGGAAGAGGAAAGCAGGAGUGCUAUGGGGAAUGUUGAAUCCUUGGAGAGUCAUCAAACUUUAUAAGUAUCCGAAUUUGAUCAUGGUGGCCUUGGCGAGUAGUAGUUUGGUGUGGAAUAUGUAUUCGCUUUUGACUCCUGUAAGCUCUCCCAUUCCUCAUACUUAUAUGAUAGGAUAUGAUGUUACCUUGCCUCUCUUCUGGAUUCGCUACGUUCUUAAUCCCCGCUUCCAUCUCACCACUCCUAUCCAAUCUGGUCUUUUCUAUCUCGCCCCAGGCAUGGGAUACAUCGUCGGAACAUUCUUCGGCGGCCGCUAUUCUGAUCACAUAACCAACAAAUACAUCCGUAUCCGCGGGACCCGCAUCCCAGAAGAUCGACUUCGCUCCGCUCUCCCCUUCAUGGGAAUUGUCAUCCCCGCUUGCAUGCUUCUCUACGGCUGGUCUGUUGAAAAAGAUUUUGGCGGUAUCCCGCUUCCCGUUAUCAUGAUGUUCUUGCAAGGAGUGGCGCAACUUUUCUGUUUCCCAAGUCUGAAUACGUAUUGUUUGGAUGUGAUGCAGAGGAAUGGUGCGGAGGUCAUUGCAGGAAAUUAUAUGAUUAGAUAUUUGUUUGCGGCGACAGGAAGUGCGACGGUGCUGCCGGCAGUGGAGAAAAUUGGGGUAGGUUGGUUUUCGACGAUUAGUGCGGGGUUUUUGGUGGUUAGUAGUGCGGCGACUUGGGCGGCUGUUAGGUGGGGGAGAGGGUGGAGGGAUGCGAUUGACGGAAAAGAGUCUGUGGGGGAGAGUUAG